GAGCGCGCAGGGCUCCUGAAGCAGAAGGGCCUGACGAUCUGGUUCACCGGUCUGUCCGCCUCGGGCAAGAGCACGGUGGCCACCGCGCUCGAGCAGCACCUCCUCCACAAGGGCAUCAAUGCGUACCCUUUUCGCCUGACUCCACUGCUCGUCGCCAUCACCAGCUUCAUCUCGCCCUUCCACACUGACGCGGGAAUCCCGUUCGUUGAGGUGUAUGCUGACGUACCGGUCAGCGUUGCCGAGGAGCGCGACCCCAAGGGCCUGUACAAGAAGGCACGUGCUGGCGAGAUCAAGGAGUUCACCGGUAUCAGCGCCCCGUAUGAGGCUCCCGAGGCCCCCGAGAUCCACAUCCGCACUGACCUGAAAUCGGUGGAGGAGGCGGUUGCCGAGAUCACUGCGUAUCCUUGAGGCCAACAAGUACAUUUAGGCAUAUUUCUUCAAAUACACAACUCAAUUCUGUAAA